AUGGCAUUCGACUCGGCAGCCGGAGCUUAUCGUAAAAAGCUUCCACCGACUCCAGUUGGCUCUUCUCUCGAAGGUUUAGAAAUCGGUAUCCCUCCAGUGCAGUUCACAAAUCCAUGGCUGUCGAAACCGUUGCCAAAGAUUCCAGACCGGACGUCGACCAUAUACAGCAAAGAAAGCAUCAUCAAUAGCUACCUGAACCGGCCUGACACCAAUGACGACACUCGGACGAAGCACACAAAGAACGGAUCGACAUCUCAUCCUCGCCGUUUUGGCAGAAAACGAAAUGCCACCGCUAAUCGCAACUCCAUGAGCCGCAUGAGUGACCAGGCCAACCGAUGUUCUCUCACCCUAAGGACUUUCUUGAGCGAAGAGCAGUACGGCGUCGGCAUGCACCUGGCCAAGGCGAACCACUACUUUCGAGAGAAGAAAUGGGAGAUCUUCCCUGAGCUUGGUCCUCAGCCUGUAAUCCAACAUGGUCAGCAAAAUAGGAACCAAAAUCUGAAACGAAAACGAAUCCUAGGGGGGUCCCAUAUACGCCAGAUCUCGAACUGUGACAACUUUAAUUUUAAUCUGAGACCAAUCGCCGACUAUAUGCAGCAAACGCUGGCGAAAAAGGCCUCCCAACUACGGCUCAAGAAGAAACCAAGCAAGGCAGACUUCGCAACAACUACCAGACCCCGGCACAACUCGUCCUCGUCCAAUGAAUCCGAAUUCCUAUCUAUCGCCGAAGAUAUUGGCAAUACCGAGACACAACGCAGUAUCGCUGCCGUGAGACGGCGCAUGCGCGAGAUGUCUCUCUGGAGCCGUGCUGACUCCAGUGAAGAAACGCUUCGAUACGACUAUAACGAAUUCGCCUACCCUGUCACUGCCACGAGCUCGACCUGGCGGUCUCCAGCCUCUGGGUUCAACACCUCAAGCUCAACCACGCUGAAUAGUCGAGUAGAGGACCGACCCAUGCAUUACUAUGACAUGCCACCCUCUGCAAAGAACCUGCCGCCGCCUCCUGACAAGGAGUAUUAUUCGCAGCCAACCCCUGGGUCUUUGCCCGAAUAUGCCAAAGUCCUGCAACAAAAGACGAAUCAUGUUCUUUUGGUGCUCGACGGCGCCAAAAAGAAAUUCACCGAGGCUCGAGCAGCUCGUCGCCGGAAACAGUUGAAGAAGCACAUCCGGAUCAUCGGUCCCAUCGAAAACUAUCCGUACGGCUCUGCCAGCGAAUGGGUGUAA